UUUUUUUAACCUUUAGGGAUAGAGGGAACAAGAGAAAGAACAACAGAAGUCCCUAAGUCUUGGAACAUGCUGGAGGUCACCCACCGCCUUGGUCACUGGGGACCCUACUCAGGUCCACCAGUGUGAAGUCAGACAGCAUCCUCAGGCUGUUUUUCAAGUUCCUUGACAAAUCCGCAGGGUUUCUAUGCCAGUAGUAAAGUUACUAGCUCAAAGCAGGCUGAGUGACCUCAGAUGGCUCCUCUGGGACUGGAGGGGUAUUUGAGCCACUGGAGAAAACGAUGCUGUCACUACCAACUCAAAAGGUCACCUACCAAUGUGCACCCCCCCCCCCCCCACAAACACACUUGCACGUGUAUGGUUGUCUACACUUUCCCCAGGGGCUGAGGUCAAGACAGGCAUCCCACAUGAGAUGGAUGAAUAGUAGGUCUGUCCUGCCAGCUGUGUGCUCUCUCCCACCCAAAGAAAGCAGCAGAGACUCAGACAGGAAAGCCUGGAAUAGCCCACGCAGUCUGUUACCGGCACCCGGUGAGUGUGAAGGCGCUUGAGAGCAGCAGAAGAUGGAAUCAGAAAGAGAAAUCAUCAACCUCCAGCCUGGGAGCCCCGACUCCAGGAGCCAGCCCGUCAACCUGAACCAUUAUGCCACCAAGAAGAGCGUGGCAGAGAGCAUGCUGGACGCGGCUCUGUUCAUGACCAACGCCACGCGGCUGAAAGCGGUGCUGGAGCAGGGGCCCUCCUCUAAUUACUACAGCACCCUCGUCACUCUCAUCAGCAUCUCUCUGCUCCUGCAAGUGGUCAUCGGAAUCCUCCUCGUGGUCAUUGCACGGCUGAAUCUCAAUGAGGUAGAAAAGCAAUGGCGACUAAACCAGCUCAACAAUGCUGCCACCACCUUGAUCUUCAUCACUGUUGUCAUCAACGUCUUCAUUACAGCCUUCGGGGCACAUAAGACAGGGUUCCUGGCUUCCAGGACCUCAAGGAAUCCUCUGUGAACACAGCCUGGGACCCAGGUACCAGGUCUGGAAGUGCCUCUGCCUCUUUCCUCCCUGAUCUUCCAGGCUGCUGGGCACUCUCCACAGCCCCUGCGAGAGCUCCUACAAGGGCAGUGUAGAUGCCCUUACUCCCUACCCACAGCACCUGAAUUAAGAUGUGCUAUUUUACCAGUCUAAGUGAGUUCCAUCUUGGUCUGGAGCCCUGAGCUCAGACUUGGGUACCAGCCACCUUUCCUCCCGGUAGCAUCUCCUGACCUGACGCAUGUCUACCUAAGGCUGAAUCCACAGUUUAUGGACUCUAACUCCACUCCAUUCCUCCCAUCUGCCCCAGCCAUUCCCUCUGCUCCAGGCCUCAGUUUUCCCUUUCUGUAAAAUGGAAUGAUGUCUAUCUAUAAAAGUUUCUGCAAAUCCCCUGUGAGUCAAUCUUUAUGCACCCAGGCUGGUCUCUGGAUGCCCUCUCCGUCUGCAUCACGGAAUGGGCUCAAAGGAGCAAACCCCAAAACUGGAGGGAGAAAAGGCUUUUAAAUCUCUCCCCCUCCUCUGGGUCCUGUUCCGAGUCGCCUUUCCUGGCCCCAUAUGCCUUGGGCUAAUUACCACCUGUGACAUCGACGGCAGAUUCGUUGAUUCUGGAUUGAUGCACAUAUGCACAGUCCUUAGAGAGCCACGAUAAACCUGUUCCAGCUUUCAUAUCAGCACCUUCUCUCGGGCAUGCGUUUAAGGAAUAGACAGUAAUUUUGAGCUCUGCUGGGCCAAGUAUAACUAGGAAGGUAGAUCUGCACCUGUAAAGCAUCAACAGGGCAUUCCCCACCUCAAACAGAAAUGAUCUUUAGAUGGUCUUUAUUUUAGAAUAAGCCACAUCCCAGCUUCUCUGUGCUAUUCACCAAACCAUUCUGGCCCUGUACCUAGCCUUCCUCACCCAGGUGUCCACCAGCCUUUCUCAGCUAAAACCACCAAUCUCCAGUAAUUUGCAGAACGCAGAACACCUGGUCUGCUCUGACUGUGAGCGCGUUAGACAGGAGCAAUGCUGUCCCCUUCCUGAGUAAACCACAGCACAGACAAGGCUGUCCCCACACAGAGGGACUAACUAAUGGUAAAGGCUGGAGGGGGUGUGGGAGGGGCCUUGGCAUGUCCUUUGGACACGAGACAGCUGAGGGACAGAGAUAUGAACCCUGGGGCCCGCAGCCCCUCCCUCUCCCACCGUGGAUGGGCAACAGGAAAACACAGGAGCCAUUUGGUUUUCUAAGAAGAUGCUGUAUUUAACACUUCCCUCUCCCACCCCCCAGACCCUAGACAUUUCCCUAGGGAGUAGGGCCCCUGUCAGGCCCUCCCGCUUAAGGCAGAUGGUGUGGAGGUAACAAACAUCAAACACAAG